AUCGACCCUCAUCUCCGCAUCCGCCGAGCCAUCCGCGCCGACGACGCCCUCCUGGUCCGCCGCAUCCUCCGCUCGCACCCAAACCUCCUCCACAACCCAGACCUGACUGGCCCUCGGGAAGAAGCCGGCAACUCGAACCUGCACCUGGCGGCCAAGCUGGGCCACGUCGAGAUCGUGCGCCUGCUGCUUUCGCUCGGCCAUGAGGCCCCCGCCGUCGGACCGGCCCUCAACGAACAGCACCAGACCGCGUUGAUGUUGGCUGCGGCGGCGGGCCACACGGAGGUCGUGCACGCUAUCGUCGAGGCCGACCCGUCCGUGAUCCGCCGUCGCGACAGCCGCGGGCGCGACGCCGUCAUGGAGGCCGCCCUGGGUGGUCACGAUACCUGUCUGCAGAUCCUGCUGACGUACGUCCCCGGUGGGGCGUACGAAGCGGUUCGUCAGGCUGACCUCGAGGGCAAUACUGCGCUGCAUUACGCCAGCAGUAAGGGGAACAUGUUAGUCCUUCGGACGCUGCUUGCGGCCGGGGCUGAUGCCGAGAGGAGAAACGUCUGGUUGUGGACGGCAGUCGAGUAUAGCCAGAGCGUGCAGUCCGAGGUGUAUCUGAAGAAUCUGAUUGCCGACAUGGAGAAGAGGCGUGCUUCCAAAAGGGAGGCUGUGAGGGAUGAGAGGGUGGGCGUCAGCGGCUUCCUCCAGCAGGACCCAAGAGCCGAUGGUGGACGCUUGGAGUCGAGAAAGACUAUCAAUUUUACGCCCGCUUCCUACUCAAAUAUCGAGUUUGAACUAGAGAAUGCGAUGUCGCUCAAACAGUUUGUUUGGAAAUCAGUUCAUGCAGGGCUCAAUUCAAUCCGCAAACGACGGUCGAAUAAUCAGAGCGACGAGGCCGAUGAUAUUCCUACAGCUAUGAUCAAGUCGUGCCGACUGUCGGGUUCAUAUGCCACCCACGGCAAAUAUCUGCCUGGAUGUGCACGAGGCCAUCUAGAGCAUGGGUUCCUGUCUGGACUCCUGCCAACCAGAACUAGACUCAGAUCUUGGCCUGAUACAAUGUCGGACCCAUCGGAUAGAGGCCGUACUUCGCGCUCGCAGUCUCGAGCACCUAGCCACCAAGCUACGCCGGCUCAAACAGCAGCCUCACCAGCCCAACCAGCACCAACACCUACUGCUGCCACACCGGCUGCCGCACGUUCGGCAACAGCAUCAGCAAACACCCCCUUACCUCCCGUGAACGGCCCGCCUCCUCCGCCUAUUCUGCCCCAGCUCCAUCAGGCCGCCAUGGCCUAUUCUGGCACUGGCUUCAACGCCCGCUGGGGUCCGGACGGCGGUGGUCCACCAAACUACAUGUAUGGCUCAGGACGCGGAUUGUACGGCCACCCAAGCCCUUACGCCAACAUGCCGAUGCACUUUCAGCAGCCUGGUGGUUUCGGCUACUGUGCUCCAAGCGCACCCAUGAUGAUGCCCUACGGCAUGGCCCAACAACCCUUUAAUCCCUAUGGCGGACAAGGUCACCCAAGGUUGGUCAUGACGCCAGGCGGACGACCUCCGUAUCCAUAUCCCAUCGUGGAUGGGAGCGCGCCCUCGACCAAUAUGACCAACAGCACGGGAGGUGUAGGUUGCGAGCCAGGAUACAGCUACUUUUUCCCACCCGAGCACACCAAGAUACACUUUCUACGGACGGGCCCAGACGCGCCGUGGCAGCUGCCUCCGGGCACGCAUAUUGAAUUCACGGCGGCGCACGUCCCGACCAACAUCACCAUCGCGCAGCUGAUGAAGGGUUUCGGGGCGUCCAACUCCAACCCGCGGCUCAACAACAUCUGGGAGGUGCUGCCGGCGGGCAAUGGCAAGUGGUACAAGGGUAUGCAGUUCAACGGGGACGACAGCGAUAGCUGCAAGAAGACGCUCAAGGAGGUCGGGUGGGACAAGACCAGGAGCGGGCUUCCGGGGGAGAGUCCGGUUGUUUAUCUGUACGUCACCAAGGAUUAA